GAUAAGAAAUGGAUUCUCAGUCAUGAAGAUGUCACAUUGGGAGAAUUACUAGGCAAGGGAAAUUUUGGUGAAGUAUAUAAGGGCACAUUAAAGGAUAAAACUUCUGUUGCUGUUAAAACAUGUAAAGAAGAUCUUCCUCAGGAAUUGAAAAUAAAAUUUUUACAAGAAGCCAAAAUUCUCAAGCAGUAUGAUCAUCCCAAUAUUGUCAAACUUAUAGGAGUUUGCACACAAAGACAGCCUGUCUACAUCAUUAUGGAACUGGUUCCAGGAGGUGAUUUCCUCUCCUUUCUGAGAAAGAAGAAGGAUGAACUAAAACCCAAACAGUUAGUGAAAUUUUCGUUAGAUGCUGCUUCCGGUAUGUUAUAUCUCGAGAGUAAAAACUGUAUACACAGGGACCUUGCUGCAAGAAACUGCCUGGUAGCUGAAAAUAAUGUUCUGAAAAUCAGUGACUUUGGAAUGUCUCGUCAAGAAGAUGGUGGGGUGUAUUCAUCUUCUGGCUUAAAGCAGAUUCCCAUUAAAUGGACAGCACCAGAAGCUCUUAAUUACGGGAGAUACAGUUCUGAGAGUGACGUAUGGAGUUUUGGCAUCCUCCUCUGGGAGACCUUCAGCUUAGGGGUCUGUCCAUACCCUGGAAUGACAAAUCAACAAGCACGAGAGCAAGUGGAAAGAGGAUACCGGAUGUCAGCCCCCCAACACUGUCCAGAGGAUAUUGCUAAAAUUAUGAUGAAGUGUUGGGAUUAUAAACCUGAAAAUCGCCCUAAGUUCAGUGAACUUCAGAAAGAGCUCGCUGUCAUCAAGAGGAAAAUCACACAGUGACAGAACAGCGCCAAACUCAGCCUGCAUGACUCUCCUCCAGCAGAGUAAUAUUGUUGUUCUCAUUAACAAAAAGUUUUACCACAUUGCCUGCAAUGGUUUUCUAAGGUUAUUUUUUUAUUAACUGGAUUUUUAAAAAAAAAUUUUUUUUUAACUAUCAGAGGCAAAUUUAUUAAAGAAAUAGUCCUAUCAAGGGCUUUAUUAGCUAACCAUAGCAAUCCUGCCAUUUCAGGCCAUUUGGAAAUAGAAAAGCACAGGCUCUAAAUGUGUGAAGGAUAAAAGAUUUUUUUUUCACACCCAAGACCAUUGAUUUCCCAAAAGCUUUCUACUUCGGGCACACGGUUUGUGGGCUGCCAUCCUGUGCCACAGACCCUACUCAAUUGGUGCUAUAAACUGCAUUGGUAAUGCCAUGGUUGUACGACAUGUUCCAACCACAGUUGGCUUUCUCCUCGGUCAGGGCAAGAUUAUAUUUGUAAACAUAACUUUAUAUUGGGAAUUAUUUGGACCUCCUGGCAUUUUUCUUUUCUUUCUUGCCAGAAAUGAGCCCAGUAUAAGAAUCAUCAGGCUCUUUCGUUGUUAAUAAGGUUGUCGUUUCCUUCCUCCUAUGUCUGGGCAUCAAAACGAUGUUUGAAGUGUUGAGGAGGCAGCUGCUUUGAAAGGUUGUUAUAGAGAGCUGUGACAGCAAGAAGCAAGUUUGAACAGGAGGGUGGUCUGGAUUAAAGAGUGGCAAGGGUGGUGAUCAAAGUAGAGAGGAAAAGGAAAAUAUACAAUUCACCCUCUCAGGAGAGUUAUGCCUUUAUAAACAUGCACAAACAUAUGCCCUUUCUAUUUUAUGGUCUCAAUUCACCAAAAAGAUCCUAAGAAAUGUGUCAGGAGUUCACAGAUGGAGCCCUCUUAAUGGUAACAAAAAGUGUUUCUAGAGAAACUACAAAGUCCAAGUCCACAAAAAUAACAGCAUACUUCUGGUUAAGUAUCCUUACCUUAGAGGAAGCAUUUCAGAACAUUAAUUCCCUUCAUUUGUACCAGUUUCUGGAGCUGUCAGAAUUUCAUGAUUCUAGUUCACAAACAUUCCAGUGUGUACACACUAACUACCAAGAUGCAAAGCAGGUGUGAAGAAAGUAGAUAUUGGAAGUCAAGCAAGUGUUAAUGAAGACGAUUAUGUGGGGACAACCCUCCCAUUUCCACCUUCCCCCUUCAUUUACCCUUAAACUGCUCCCUGGACACUCUUAUCAUUGGCUGACAGGUAUGCGAGCACAGUGCUGAAGGUGUCUCCUGUGAAUAAAAUGUAUCACAGACUUAAAAC